UUUCCAUCGAUACAGAAACAAUAGUCAGCUUCGUGGAAGCAGCUACCGUAGCCUACCAGUAUACAGCGUGUAAAAAAUGGCGUUCCUGUUCAAAACAAUUGCUUGUGUGACUUUGCUCUCACUCACGGCAGCUCAGUACGGCGAGGAGGAACACUACGAACAUCAGGAGCCGCAUCACGCCGUUGGAUUUUCGUACGCCAAGUUUAGCGGACCCGUUAGUGGACCAGCUCACGAAGUGCACGUCGAGGACAAGCACGGGCAUGGUCACACAGUUGAUUACGUUGCUAAACCGGACUACCAGUUCGAGUACGGCGUCGAAGAUCCCAAGAGCAAGGUUUCGCAGAACCGAAAGGAGCAACGCCACGAUGACGACCUGCAUGGUGAGUACAGCGUCCAGCAGCCGGAUGGGAAACUGCGGGUCGUCAAGUACUCGGCCAACAAGCAUACUGGAUUCCACGCUGAAGUGUUGAUCGAUGGAAAACCGCUGUACCAGGAGGAACUGGCCAAGCUGGCCCACGACGCACAGGAACAUUCUGUUCGGGCCCAUGAUCGUAACGAGGUUUCGUACGGUGGCUCAGAGGGGCAGACCUACGAAGAGGCACCAGCCUCGUCCUAUGGUGGUGAAGAGGGCGGCGAGGGUGAGGGCGGUUACUAUCAUUAAAUUGCUAUGCCAAGGCAAGGAAGACUAGAUUGUACAUAAACUGUGAUGUCUUUUGAUCACUUAGAUGAGGACAGUUACUACUCUAUUUAUUUUAGACAUUUUCUAUCUGUUUUCUUCACUCUAGUCGGGAUUUUUUAAAAAAAGCUUAUCGCGUUUGACGUAUUUGCA